GAGCAAAGCGUGAGUACUGAUCUUGGCUAGCUAUACUUCGUACGCCCAUAAAAGCAACUUGCCCGCCAAUGUCUCCCCAUCGACGGAAAGACACCACCCACGCCAUGGCUGAUGAGUCCGACAAAAGUCGAGCUGCCCUGCGGGGUGAAACUGUACCCGCGGAGCUCGACUCCGAUCUGACAAUACGCUGCGUGAUCCGAGGCAUUCGCUACAAUGACGGAUAUGCGACCGAGCUGCGGGACAAAUGCACCAUCCCGUCCAUCACGAGGGCCUUGAAUGCGCGAGCGAUUAUGAGCAACAGAAUUCCGCAUAUUGCCAACGACGAUGAGAUGCCUUACUGCUUUUGGCAUCCUGACGUGCCCAACGAGCAGACUUUGCGACAACUUCUUCAACGAUAUCCAGAGUCCGCGGUAUUACGAUAUGGAGCCGGACGCGCUUGCGCCGUUGCCGGAUAUGCGUCUCUGUAUCGAGAGCUUGACCUUCUACCCGAAGUAUCCAUUGCCGAAGAAGCGCGCGAUGGCGGCACCACGGGCGGCAAAGAGAUUUUCGAUGUCAUCAUGAGCCAGCCGACCCGGUACGCCGUCAUGGAUGACUACCGGCGCGCUCUGCACGACCCCCCUGUACCAGACGCAUGCCUUAACGGGGACAUGUGUACGCGUUCGGCUCUCGAAUGCAAGCAGAUAUUUCCCGACCCUCAGGAUAGCCGUGCCGUGUUGCGGCCGCCACGAUUCGACAUCACCGAGGACUGGGGUAUCGAUACUACUGGCACGAGGUUUGAGUCGAAAGCAGUGUCGCACGAAACCCUAACUCUGCUCCACAAACCGCUCCCUCGCGACCUUCCGGCUGUCGACAAGGACCUUUUGAUCCUGUUGGCUGCCUGGUCGGGCAACAUAGACCGCUACGUGCGCCUGCGACGCCCGACCAUGAUUAGCGGCGAGCGACAAUGCGUCGUUCGCGGCAUUUACCACGACAGCUUGUUCGCGCGCUGGUGCUACGAAGAGUUGGAUUCGAGUUUUCGCAAAUACGCGUAUGCGCGGUUCGUCAUGAACGGUGACCUUAGCUGGUUGACCGACGACGUUGCGGACGAUGAUCUCCCGGACUUGAUAUGGCAUCCUGACGUUGCGGACGGACAUGUAUAUGAAGAGCUCGCUCGCAGGAGACCAACGAUGAAAGCGUCUUGCGCGCAUGCAUGCAUCGUUGGCAACGCGCCGGGUCCUUUCGUGAGGAUCGACCCGCCGCCCGUGGCAAGCGCGUGGGUAGAAGCUGACGCAUGCCUGAACCGAGAAUUCGCUCAGCUUUUCGAGCGCAAAGCCACGUUGCUUGGUACUUCUCUCGGAGACUUGUUACGGAUUCAAGAUGAGAGCACAGAAUCUGAGUCGCGCGACGAAAGGUACUGGGACACGUUCCUGGUCGUCGAGAAUGGCGGACCAAUCAGACCCCAACUGUGCAGCAAAGUCACGCUGGAAAAUAUAGGAUUCAUGCCUCCAGAAGGCGCAGAUGACGCGCCCACAAAGAAUAUUCGCAGCAUAUUUGCUUACGACACGAUGGCCCCGCGCGUGCAAGUCCCAGCCGGAUAUGAGCUCUUGGACCUCACUGAGGUAUAUCGAGACGCGCCUUUUGUCGAAGCAGAAGUCCGACCGCUACUUGGUUUGUAUCCAAACCCUCGGCGUCCAGAGGGGGGUUACCGCCGUCGUGGAGGCAGUCGUGGCCGUGGCUGCCCAGGUCGCGAAGCAAUCGAGAAGCCUCGACUAUGAAGCCCUCGAGCAAUCGAAUUGAUCUACAGAAUUCCGUGAACUCCCUGACGACGCACCAAUUUAACAUGUCUCUUGCAAGAGACAUGGCACCUGGUUUGAUAUUUCGCGAGUCUUGCCUGAAAAUCAUCUGCCCUACUUUGUUCAGUUCGACUGACCUCUAUCUCCUCAAGCUCGCCAGCUUUGCCAACCUUGACCACAUCGCGGAAUAAUCCUACGCUAAAAAGAAAUCCGUUAUUUAGACAUCAUCUCUCGUCUAUUUAUUUAGUCAUGAUGUUGAGUCCCAAGGCCGCUAAAAGAGGGACGCCACGAUAGCGCAAUUGCUAUUCGAUAUAUACGGCGGCCAUAGCAUGCUUUUCUGGCGGCCGUCGCUUCAAGACCGUUCAGUCCACGUUAGCUAAAUGGGGAAAACACGUGUCUUCCAGACCGUACGUCUCGCACAAAACAUAGGUAUCUUACGAUCAACAAUGGAGCUGCCGCGGGAUCGUCUAUGGCGCUGCGGGUCUCGGCAGUCGCCGCCAGCAAGGAUCCACGAGAGCCUGUGGGUGGGCUCCGCUUAUUAGGACGUCGCGCCCCUGUCCUAGGUUUCUCUCUUCUCCUCAUUCCUGAGUGGCUUAUUACGCAAACUGGUCAGGCUCAGGUGGCCUGUCUUGUCGCGACCUUCCGAGAAAAAAAAGGGGGGCCGAUGGUAGCCUUUCCCCUGCAAGUUCAGGGCGGUUUUGGGAUCAAUUGCAUAUGAAUUUGUAUCUCACAAUGGGGAUGCCGCUGUCUUGGAAGGGAAAUGUCGAGGCAGGUUUGAGAAGUUUUGUCCCAUUUAGCAUACGGCCAUCGAAGGCGCGCGCCAGG